CAGCCUGAGAGUACAGCAGCACUACAGCAGCAGAAUCCUGACCAGAAGAAGAUAAGUAGAAGACUGUGAGCUCUCCUAACAUGAUGCCUACAGCUAAAGGCAUGUCCCACAUGAUUCCCAAUCACGUCCUGAGAGUGGGUCAAACUAUCCGCCUGGACUCAGCGCAGGAGACGGUCAAUCAACACCCCAGUCUCCCAAAGCCCAGUGGUGACCAUGGUGACCCUGAUCUCGACAUUUCCCUGGAUAAUCUCAACCAGCUCAUCAUGGAACUGGAUCCGACAUUUGAACCCAUCCAGGUCAACACAAGUCCGUCGUACAUCUGCCCUCCUACAGCUGACUCAUGCUCAGAUGAAGACGUCUCUGACUGCGUGUUGGUCCCAAGAGGAUGUUCUUCCAGCCCCUCGCCCACCAUGGUCGGAUCUAUGUCACCCAGUAUACCCAUCCCUGCGCACAGCAGUCUCAGCUAUGGGACCCAAGGUACGCAGGUAUUCUCCAGCUCCCCUACGAGGUCCCUGCCUCCGCUGCCAUGUGGAAGUGCUCCCCGACGAAAUCCCUCACCAAAGCAGGACAUACCCUUUUCCCAAGGAUCCCUGCGACUGUCACACCCCAACAGAAACAGUGCCACCUCACUCCUCUCCAUGUCAACAUGCUCAGACACCAGCUACAUCCUCGGCAGUAACCUGUCCUUGGCCAGUGAAGAUGACUCUCCAGAGUCCAUCUUUACCAGUAUGUCUGGCUCCUGCAGCGAUGUGUCCAGAAUGAGGCCCUUUGAUAACAGGCACAGCCCAGAAAAGCCCUUGCUGACAAAGAAAGAGCACCUGCACAGCAAAGGAGGACACAGCAGUCCUGCUUCACUCUCUGGGUCUUUGACCGACAUUCCUGUACUGCUUGUCAAUGGUGCACCUCAACCAGAUCUGUACAACCAGUCUCCUGGACCACAAAUUGACUUGAUACAGAUCAUCUCUGCGUCCAGCCCGAAGCCAGCUCCUCACAGUUUCCAUGCCCAUUUUAAUGGCAGUCAGCCCUCGAUGAAAUUCGUCAUGGACACUUCAAAGUUUUGGUUCCGUCCACAUAUCAGCAGAGCAGAAGCUGAAGCCCUAGUAAAAGACAAGGAAGCAGGCGCAUUUGUGGUCAGAGACAGCACCUCCUACAGAGGCAGUUUUGGUCUGGCCAUGAAGGUGGACCCAACACCCAACAACUUCACUGCUACUGCCUACCCAGGAGAGAGCAGUUCAGAUGUUGUGCGACACUUCCUUAUUGAAUCAUCAGCUAAAGGCGUACGUAUCAAAGGCGCUUCUCAGGAACCAUACUUUGGUAGUCUCUCAGCCCUGGUCUACCAGCACACUAUCUCGGCUUACGCUUUACCCUGCAGAUUACUGCUGCACUCCCAAGAUCUGGCCACAGCAGAAGAGAGGGUAAAUGACAAACCUGCUGAGGACAAGAGUAAAACAGCUAGCAAUUUCAUCUACUUGAAUGCUGUCCCCACUGAAAUGCUGACGGGCCCUUGUGCAGUGCAGAAGGCAGUGUCCUCAACACUUCAGAAGACCUCAGGCUCCUUCAUACCAACUGUAGUCAACCUGAAGGUGUCUUUGAAGGGUGUAACGCUGACAGAUAUCAACAGGAAGCUUUUCUUCAGACGCCAUUACCCUACUCACCUGCUUAGCUACAGUGGCGAAGAUCCAGACAAUCGACUGUGGGUAAAAGGUUGCAGUUUUGGUGCAAGGAUGUUUGGCUUUGUGGCAAAAGGCGUAGAUGCUGGCAUGGAGAAUGUAUGCCACGUCUUUGCAGAAUAUGAUCCCCUGCAACCUUGCAACAAGGUCAUCGAGGUUAUUCAGGGUGCCAUAGCCAAGCUAUAGACACACAAGGCCUGGGACAACUCAUCCAGGAUGGGUCUUUAAGGCCCUACUUAAGAUAUCUGUCUAUACUGUGCUCUAUACUUCAAGUAACCUGUUCGGUGUUGGUGGCCAUUGUGAGUGUUGCUCCUGCAGUUGUUAAACUGAGCAAGUUAUCUUAGAAGUGUUUAGGACUACCCAGCUUUGUAACAUGGUCAAGCUGAGAAGACAGUGGAAGACUGGCAUAUAUGAAGAUACACAGGACUGACAAGCAAGAAGAAAACAGACAUGGGACCAACAACAUACAGUAUGAUUAUAACUGAAUGGCACACGACUACUGUUAAAAUAAUAUCUAACCAUCUUGUAAAAACACAUCAAUAUUGAUCUCUUGCUGAAUAUAUGAAGUUGGCCAGAAAAUAAUUUCAAUGUACAAUGUUAUUGUAUAAAAUGUGAAAAACCAGCAUAGAGGUUAGCACAUGUUACAGCAGUUUAUUUGUCUUCUAUCUUAAUGUCAAAUGGUUCCUGUGUAAAUGGAGCUGUAAAUCAGCUCCUGCUGAUGCUGUAGAAUAAAGCGAUGAGGGAAUUUGAAAGUUCUGUUAAUAGACUUGAAGAAAAGCAAUAUGUCCUUUCAUUUCAAAGCAGAAACUUUGCAUAUACUCUAGUUGUACAAUUCAGAAUGUAUUUAUUAUACUGCACUGUAAACAAUUUCUUUCUAUAUAUUAAUGGAUUUGUAUUUUUUUUAAUUGUUAUUAUUAAAAAUUAGUACAUUGAACCA